GCAGCGGCGGUGCAUUGACGCGCGGCGAUUGGGUGAGCGAGCAGCUAAACUGUAUUGUACAGUAAAAAGACCAAGACGCCGAUAACAAAAACAACAGCUGCGGCCGCACGAGGCCAACUAAGGACACACUCGCACUUUCCGGGCUCACGCUAUAAACAUUUCGGAUGUCACGAUGUCUGCACACUUCACUAUAUCAGACAGCGAUUCAGACCCAUCUGAGGAGGUAGAAGGAGAAAAUAAUCAACUAUCCACCAAGCAAGAGCAGCAGCUUGGCCAACGCCACUCCCUCACCCUGCCUGAGCUCAGAACACCAGCAACUGGUCGAAUCAGGCUGAACUCAGAGUCCCAUGCUUCCACUGUCUCCAGAGAUGAGGAGCUCCAGGCUAGGGGGGAAGACGAGGCGGGCACGCCCACUGACGGCUUUCCAUUCAGGGGGCGGUCCAAGUCAGCUCCACCUGCUUUGUGGGCAGCCAAGAAAUAUGGACGGCAGCUCCGAAGGAUGAGCGACGAGUUUGACAGCCUGCUAGAUAAAGGGGAAAUGAGGAAGGUGAAGAGUGCUGGGACGGCCAAACAGAUGCACCACUCCAAGAGCUGGUGGAGCUACCUCUUCAGUCACCAGGAGAUGGAGGGAGAGAGCAACCACCAUGAUAACCACACUCACCGCACUGAAUAGACACUGAGAGAGGACACAAGCUUUGCUGAACGGAGGAAUCGAUAAAAUUGAGAGAAAAGCAACGGGGAAGCCAAGAGAACAAAAAAGACCUGCUCUGGGAAGGACCAGAAGAAAAGCUGGGCUGAACAAGAGCGAGAGAGAUCCAAACACGAAGGCAUGGCUAAGUGGAUGGCUAAGUGUCCCAUCGUAGUCGUGUCAUUUUUAUACGUCAUUGGUAACCACAUUUAAAUGAAUUUUUUGUAUUGUGUUGGUUGUGAUGUUAACAAUAUUUCUGGGCAGCCCACUGUGACAUGGUAAAAGUAAGUCAGGCGUGAGGAUAAACUGUUAGCUAUCUGAAUCCCAUAGAAUGGAUAAAAUGGCAGGCUGAGGGAGGAGAGAUGAUCUCUUGAGGACACAAAGAAAGACUAGCAAAUAAGUGGAUUGAAGCAGUGACCACUCAGUUAAAAGUUAUCUCUCCCAUCGACACUAUGCAAUAUGCUGUAGAUGGAGAGAUCACUGAAAUCAAAACACCCGACUGUUUGAGGCCUCCUUGAAUGCUGUUAGAAUUUCCUUCCUCAUUUUCGUGAGGAAACCAAUGUCAGUGUGUUAUUAAUGCUUGUUUUGCUCCAAAUGUUUGUGCACGACAAACACAAAGCUCGUGGAGACCACUGUAAAUGUGUGCCAAAUAUCUACAAGCAUCAGAGGAAAGAGUGUAAAAGGGAAGGAUUUUUUAAAGUAUUCAGCUCGGCCCUUCAUCCAGCUUCCUGUUUUACUACCUGUAAACCAGUACCAUUGAAACAACUGUACUUGACUAUCAUUAACUGCUUUAUAUCUCAAAUUUAUCAAAAGAAGAACAAUCUUGUACAAAGACAAUCUCUGAUGAUGCAGAAAUACUAUCUUUUGUAAAACUUCAGGGUUAGAUUAUAUCUGAAGACAUUAAACAUACAUAUAAAAGCACAAACCAAUAUGAAUCUAUCUUUUUAAAGCCUUGGGUGAGCAAAAAAAAAAAAAAAAACAGACUUUGGAGCUUUUAUGUGUAAAUAUUUUGUUAAUAUUUUAUCAAAUUGCAGGGGUGGGGUUAUUGACUACGUGGUUUAGCCAGAAUUUUAUUUUACAAGUUCCUAUUUUACAAGGUUACCAUGCUAUUUAAUAAGUUUGGCCAACCUAGCAAUAGGCAGUGUACAAUCCAUGGCUGUUGUGAUAAAUGUUAUGUGCAUAUUUAAAGACGUGGGUAGGGAUGAAUUAACUGCUGUACAAGGAGCCAACACACGAGCCUUUUUACGGAAGUAUAUGAGAGACAUUUUGAUUUCAACAGCCACUGAAUACUUGAUAUUGACAUUUGAAUUCAUAUCAUUGCAAUAUUUUACUUUAAAAACCAUUUAUCUAAAUGUAUUGUUUCUGAAUUAACCUCUUUGAAAUUUAAUACGAAAUUUCGUGAUUUGUAAUUUCAAAAGCUGAAUUUGAAUAUAUUUUGGGGGUUUUAAAAAUAUGUUAUGUUCACAAAUUCAGAUCCAAACAUGUGAAUUUCAAAAACAGAUUCAGGUUGCUCAAACUCUACUGGUCAAAUUCAGAUCUGAAAAUUCAAGUUGAAAAAUUCAAAUAGAACAUCAGUCAUAUGUAAUUGGUCAAAACAUCCAAGCUUUAUAGCCUAUCCUGUCAUGUUUUUUUUUUUUUUUUAAAUAAAUUCAGAGUUUUAGAUCUGAAUUGGACCAAUCCAAUUUGAGCAACCUGAAUCUAUUUUAUUUUUAAAUUCUGAAACUUAAAUGUGGGAUCUAAAUUUGUUGGGAAAAAUUCCAAUUCACCUUUUGAAAUUGCAAAUCAAAAAAUAUAUAUAUAUAUAUUUCAAUGCUAUGAAAUAAGUGGCGUUUAAGUUUCAACAUUAAGUAUUCAUUGGCAGUUAAGAUUCAAAUACCUAUGUCUGUUAAUUGCUUCCAUACUUUUUGCGCCAUUUAUUUACAUCCCAGUGCAUUUCUAAGAUGGAUUUAGUGAGCCUAGUCAGAUUUAAACACAACUAGAAGGGAUUCAGACUUCACUUUUCCAAACUAUUUGUGGAGUUUGUUUUGGAAAAUCACUUAUUCAGACUGCGCUAUGGAGGGCAACAUGAAGAACAACAGUUUGUGGACAGAUGCCGAAAUAAAUUGGUACCACUGUUUGGAGGGCAAAAUGAUAGACCUCCAUUUCUCAUGCUUCUAUGUAGGAAAGUGGCAUCACCAGUGUACCUAUGUGGUUACUGACGCCUGUGUUGUUAAUACAACAGCCCAUGCUGAUAGGUUAGUGAUGUCAGGACACACAAAUCUGAUCUGAUCACUUGCAAGUAACAGUUCAGACAGUAUGUUUGAAUGAUUUGAUCGGAUUUGCCUGCAGUCUGAACACAGCCUUAGUUCAAAUGUGGGCUGUUUACUUUGAUCUGCACUGGGAUGUGAAUAAAAGGGGAUUGUAAUCUGUCAAGCCUUAGGUCUAGGAGUGCUGAUCUGAUGCAGGACUUGCUUUUGAUGUAUUAUAUUCAGGCUUUUAAGGACUACUUGGCACAUAUGGGAUUUAUUAUUUAUUCAUAUUAUUAAUUAUAAACUAAGAUCAGCAUUUCUGCACUUGGUAUAUAUGAUAAGGCUAUUAGUGACUUGUUUAUCGAUAUGUGAUUAUUGAAAAUGGUAAUGGGUUUGUUCUACUUGUGUCUUACUCUCUUCCUCUCGACUUGUAGGGUUGAGUUGUGAAGUGUUUGGGUGUGCAGGCUAAUUGGAUGCAUUUGUAUCGUCUUUAAAACUUUUUUAUGGCUUUUAAACUCGGUUACGGACCACUUAAAAUCUGAGAAUUCUAGACAAUCUGAAUGGCACCACCUUUUUUAAGAUUCAUCCAAGUCUACCAUAUGUUUGGUAACAUAUGCAUCACCCUGACUGUGUAAGACUAAUUUGCGCAAACAUUUUGCCAACCCUUUAAAGUGAAUAAGUAUCUGGUGUAAAGCUCCCAAAUAAUAAAUACAGUUAGACUUUUAUGAUAUUGGAUUUCUCACACACAUCAACAGAGAAAUCAGGAAUGAGUGUUUUAAGUAAUUGUGCUGUCAUAGCAACAUAGCUGUCACCCCCAGUAGUCCUGUAUCUGUACUUUAACACAAAUAGUACAGUUGAAUCAGCUGGCAGAGAACAUGUACAUGGUGUUGAGAGCUUGAGGCCACAUAUGAGUAUGGAAUUCAAAAGAGUAUAUCAUUAAACUGCCUUGAACAUGCUGUAACCUGAAAUGUGACACCACAUAACCAGCCUUUGUCUGUUUACCUAAUUACCGCCUUAAACUUCACAGCUCGCUGUCAAAUAUUACGCGCAAGGAAAAAAAGCACAAUAGUGUGGUGGUGUGUUCACUGUCACAACUGUGAAAAUACAUUAUAAUGGCUAAUGCUGGAAAACCCAUUUCAGAGGAAGUCAUGUUGUGGUUUUGCCUUUUUUUUUUUUAACAUUUAUGACAGUGAACACAUCCCAGAAGAAAAACCUGCCUGGGCACCUGGAGUUUUGCAACCAUACCUUGGUAUUACUUGAAUCUGGAGAUGUGUGUGGAGAAAAUUGAAUUCUAAUAUAUCUGUCUUUUUUUGUUGGAUUCCUUUUCACUUUUUAAUGACUUUUGUAAAUUUUCUCUACAGCUGUGAAACUUCUGGUAUAUGCUGUUUCUGAAUAAAUAAUUUUAAGAGUGGUUUUGAA